AUGGAUAUUUACUUUGUCGAUAACGGAAGACAAGAUGAAAUUGAAACGUUUUAUGAGGCGUGCCAACGUCAUAGGGAUUAUUACCGAGGUUAUCCCAAAGCCCAUCACCCACUGUUGUACUUCAAGGAUCCCGAGUAUUCGUACCAGUGUCCAUCGGAAAUGACUCCCGUGUACCUGUCGUUCCCGAUGUUCCACGUGAAGUACAAGCAGCCCGCGGUUCUGCCGCAAGACUUGGGUCGCACCGGCGGAAUCCCUGCCCUCCCCGACCGCACUCUCGCCGGCCGUUUCAAUAAGGCCGCUUGCAAAGCGUUCGUGAGAUAG